AUGUUGUUGCGACAAGUGCCGAACCGCAACGGCUAUGAGACUUGGCGGCAGCUGGUCAACAUCUACGCACCGCGAUCGAAAGUGCGAGGACUUGCACUGCUGAAUGCCAUCAUGUCAUUUCCCCCGUUUGUGAAAAGCAAAACGACCAGGGAGCAGGUUGACGGUUUGGAUCGCCUUGCCCAGGAGUAUGAAAGGGUCUCAGGAGUGGCUGUGAAUCCAGAUAUUCUCCUCGGGACUUUACUUCGGGUUUUGCCGGCGCACUUGAGAAACCACAUUCAGCUUCAGAUGAAAAGUGACACCAGCUAUGAGCAGGUCAAGCAGUUCAUUCUGACAUAUGAAGUGACGACCAGCAAUUGGUCGGCGUCCAAAGUGCAGCAAAGCUUAGGAAUAGGCCCCUCGGGUGACCAUAGUGCCAGUGAUCCCGUACCCAUGGAUGUAGAUAGGGUCGCUAAGGGGAAACCUAAAGGCGGCAAGGGCGAUGGUCGUGGAAAGGGUGGAAAAGACAAAGGUGGAAAGGGCGGCAAGCCCAAUGGCGGGAAACCGAAUCCCGGUGGCGGUGGAGGCAAGUCUCAGAAUGCCAACCAGCCGAAAGGCGGCAAAGGAAAGGGAGGCAAAGCACAGAAGGAGACGCGAAAGUGCCAUCACUGCCAUAAGGUUGGACAUCUUGCCAAGGAUUGUUGGCUGCUGCAUGGCAAAGGCAAAGGCAAAGGCGUGCAUCAGGUUGCAGAGGUAAACCCUUCAAGUGCAGCGAGCGAGGCACCCACCAUCACGACAUCAGGUGGAGCGGCCAGCACGAGUGGAACAGUGCGGCGAGUUCAGGUGUUUGACUUGAGUGCGCCCGCUGACUGGUUCAUUGGAGGGCAUGUUCGUGCUGUCACAUGUGCGAUGCAGUCAGCUCGGAAUCCCAAGGCAGUUCAGAGCCCAGCAGGUCCCAGUGGCCAGGUUGCGAUCGGCCAGGCGUGCAGCAGCGACAUUUUGUCACCAGAAUUUCUUGAGAUUGUCCGAAUGCUGGAAGGUUCAUGUUUGAACAGUGCAGAGCCAGUGCGCGUUCUUGAGAGUAGCGAUGCAGUCAGCUCGGAAUCCCGAGGCAGUUCAGUCCCAGCAGGUCCAUUUUAUUUUGGUCAGAGCACAGUGCCACAGGUGUCCCAGGCUGCGCCAGCAGCAGAUCAGAGCACAGUGCCACAGGUGUCCCAAUUUGACAUUUCGGCCGAUGAUGAUUCAGGAUCGUGGGAGCACGGAGUUUCUGUGCAUGAGCUCAGCACUCUCAAGCGCUUGGAGCCCAACAAAGGCUUUGUGUAUGCUGUUCAGACAAUCCAAGAGUUGCCCUCAGCUGACGAUGCCCUGGAUGUGAUUUUGGAUUCAGGUGCAGACAUGAGGCACAUUGAUUGGUCUGGCCCGCAACCUGGAGACCCAGAUGCUGAUGAGCUUGCAGAUUACGAGCCUUCCGAAGCCGACAUGCAGGACACUUCUGCUCCACAGUUGGUGGAGGCGAUGCCAGGUGUGCCUCAGGUCCACAGGGAUGUGGAGGUGUUGCCAGAUGCCGAGGGCGUCACAGGCGAGGCGCCAGUGCCAGGAAGCAGCAGUGACAUUCUUGUGUUUGAAGGCGUUGAGAUUUCCCUGCAGAGCACAUUGAGUGUGAUUCGUACGGCAUGCAAGUCGGCUGGGAUAUCCGUUUCAGGGAGCAAGCAGCGUUGCCUUGAUCGCUUGAGGGGUUACCUUGACAAGCAGCAAUUGGCCCUGAGUGCCGAAGUUGCUCAGACAGUCGGAGAUGACAGUACGCGUGAGCCGAAAGGGCAGUCCGUCACCAAGGCCCCAACAGAAGCCGAGAGGCAGUUGCAUGAGCUGACCCAUUGGCCAUUCCGGCCAUGGUGCGAUCACUGCAUGGCCAUGCGUGGUGUUGAGGACCGGCAUGAAUCACUGCCGGGGAGUGCCGACACUGAGGUCCCGAUCAUUAGCUUCGAUUAUGCCUUCACCAGUGUGUCAGGUGCCGAGGGCCAGGGCAAUGCAGCUAAGUUGACCGUUCUGGUUGCACAUGACACCAGCACCGGCAGUGUGCUAGGGCUUCCUGUUGCAAGCAAGGGGCGCGAGGAUCUGAAGUUCAGUGCAAUCGAGCUUACAAGGUUCGUGCAAGGCUUAGGCCACAACAGCAUUUUCCUUUGCUGUGACAAUGAGCCCUCCACGUUGGCUCUUCAAAGUCUUGUGGUCAAUGUUCGGACCAAGCUCGGGUUCAAAACCAUGAUCCGUGAUGCGCCGGUGCACUCGCAUGCAUCAAAAGGCUAUGUGGAGAAGGCCAUAGACUUGGUGAGAGGUCUUUCCAAUGUCUUGCUUGAUCAGGUGAGAGUCAAGUACAACUUGAGUGCUGAAACCAUCAGUGCAGAUCACCCUUUGAUGGCAUGGAGCUAUGUUCACGCAAGUUACAUCUUGAACAGGUUCGGAGUGAAAGGCGGAGCAACGGCAUUCGAGCGUGCCACUGGUUACCGUUUUGCAUCCAAGCUCGCCUGCUUCGGAGAACCGGGCGUCUGGCUGACACGAUCCAUCAGACGCAAUGCCAAGCCUUGGUCGGAUGAAGUGAACUUGAUUUUGGAAGGAAAGGGUUUCCCUUGGAAUUACCAGUUGGGAGUUCUUGGAGCGAAAAUUUUCCCACAGCCACGGAAUCGUGUUCCAAAGCCGGCCGAGGACGCUGAUGAGGUGUUUGAACAGCAGCAGAGUGCGCAAGUUGAUGUGUCAGGUGCCAGAGGUGAUGAGGCGCAGGCAGUUGCAUCAGGAAUGCCGAGUGUGGCGGGGAUGGCGGGGAUGCCUCCGCUUAGCAGCCAGCCACCGAACCCUGCACCAUCCUCCAGAGCCACAUUGCUUCUUGAUCGUCACGACAGAGGGAGUGCGAGUGUCCCAGGCAGUGUGCCAGCGAGUGUGAGACCUCCUCCUCCUGCGCAUGCUGCGGUGAAUGAGUCACCAAUGGAAGUCAUGGGGACCGACCCACCGACAUCCUCUGAUUCAUCUUCGUCUUCCUCUCCAGAAGCCUUGCCCACUCAGCCUGUGUUUGAUGACAGCACCAUGCUUGCUGAGGUGGUAGAAAGUGUUCGAGCAGGUGCCAGCACAGGUCGACAGGCUGAGGCAGAGCCAGAUGAGUCCCAUGCAGCAAAGUUUCAGCGGAUCGCCCGAGUAGGCCGUGAGGACUUCCCAAUCAAUGAUGAAGUUUUGGAGUCCGCCGCAGAAUGGGAAGAUGCAGCACAGUAUGUGCAGCUUGGAGAAGAUGCCGAUGCAGAGCUUGAUCCAAGCCUUACCGCUGAAGAGGCAAAGCUUCUUGAAGAUGAAGACCUUCUAUGGUUCGAGGAGAUCCCAAGCCUCAGUGACGAGGAGUUGUCAGCCUUGGAUUACGUGGCAGACACUUUUGAGGUGAAGCGACUUCUUGGAAAACAAGUCUUGGAGGAAGUCGGAGACAGCUUUGAUCUCAGUGGUUACAAGGAGCUCUCCACGAAGUUCGUGAGAACGUGGAGGCAAAAGAAACGGCAUGGGCGCAUGAUGUUCUUUCGUAGAUCACGCUUGGUUGCAAGGGAAUACAAGUGGAUGGAGCGUGACCGGGAAGGUUUGUAUGCCCCGGCGACGUCGUCGCUCACCACGAAACUUCUGCCAUGGCUGUUUUGCGAGAUGAACAGGCGUCAGGAAGGUGCAGCCACAGACGAUGAUCCCAUAGGCGUCGUGGCUCUUGACAUAAAAGAUGCUUUUCUUUGUGUCCCACAGGAGCGUCCCAUGCUGGCCAAGAUUCCGGGUUUUCCUAAAAGGAUGCGGUUCCUCAAGAUGCUGCCAGGGCAGAGAGACGGAACGGCCAGGUGGCAUUCGUUCAUCAUGGAAUACAUCCGCGAGAAGCACCAGUUGUCUGUGUGUGCUGAGUGCCCUUCCUUGUACAAGCUGAAGGAUGCGAAAGAUCGCUCCAAUCCGGGUGUGAUCCACGUCGACGACCUCUGCCUUGUUGGGUAUGUGAGGUGGAUCUUGCAGCAACUGGUUCCCAGUCUUGAAAGCACUUUUGAGCUGUCGUAUGAGGUUGCAUGCAAGCCCGGGGAUUCCUUUAAGUUUCUUAAAAGGGAGCACGUUCUUCUUGAAGAUGGUAUCUUGAUCAAGCCAUUGUCUGAUCAUGCAGUGAACAUGUGCAAUCUUCUUGAAGUGCCACUGCACAAGAAAGUGCCGACACCGUGCACAAAGGACAUCUUGGUACCCGACACCAGCAAGUUGCUGGACAGUGCGAAGGCUGCGCGCUUUCGCAGCGCAAUCGGGAUUGCAAUGUAUGUGUCCCAGGAUCGACCCGACGUUGCCUUCACAGUGAGGAUUCUGUCUCAGAAGCUCCGAGAGCCGACAAUGCAAACUUGGAGUUCGGGUCAGAGGUUGGCAUCGUACUUGGCGUGCACCACAGGUUACGCAAGCAAGGUGCAUGCCCGAGGUGACAAGCUUAGCAUUCUUGAGCCUUCCGAUCCUGGUGGAGCGCGUGAUGGAGUGCUACUGGAGGUGUUCUGUGAUGCAGACUGGAGCGGCAACAAGCAGAAUCGCCGCAGCAUGAGCAGCAGCUCGUUCUUUUUGAACAGCUGCUGCGUCUAUACUUCGUGUAAGAGCCAACGCUGCGUAAGCCUCAGUUCCACUGAAAGCGAAUUUUACGCCUUGGUGUCCGCGGCCUGCGACGGCAUCUACUUGAAAAGAGUUCUUGAAUACCUGCUUGAACUACCGGUAGAUCUUUUGAUGAGGACUGAUAAUGCAAGCUGUCGCCAGAUAUCUUUGAAGCAGGGCGUAUCAAAGAUCAGGCAUCUUGAUGGAAGGUUCCUCUGGGUGCAGGAGAAGACCGCGGAUGGUACACUGAAAGUUGGCUCAGUCGACGGGCGAUGGAACCCGUCAGAUCUUGGAACCAAGGUCCCGGCAACUGGGAGUCGCUUGAGAGCAUUGCUUUGCAUGCAUGACUUCGUUGACUGUGCCGGUGAUUGCAUCCAAGAGGUAGGCCGUGGCGACUAUGAUCAGUUGGUCGAGUCGUUGCAACACUGCAAGGACACAGCCCGUGUCCGGCGAUUGAUCAACAAGUCGCUGAAGACCAAUGGUUUGAGCAACAGCAAUCUUGUUUUGAUGAUGGUGAGCUUGAUUGCAGGUGCAGAUGCAAGUGGCACGAGGCGUGAUGUGAGUGUUCAGACAGAGCCAGAGGCAAGAUGGUUCAGCGUUUGGGUGACCGGUUUGGUCAUCCUCGUGUCUCUGUUGAGUGUCAUGCUGAGCCUUGAGCGGCUGCGGGCCGAUCGCCGCAGGGACGAUGCAAGCGCGUAUAGGACCACCAGUGCCGAGCCGAGCACGUCUGUGCCAGAGUAUGGGCGUUGGAGUGUGAUCACCGCAACCCUUUGCGGUGUGCCUUCGCUUGUGUGCUUGAUGCAGCUACGCAAGUUGAGAUUCUUGCUUGUGACAGAAAGGCAUGAGACCGAUCGCUUGCAAGGAGUCAUCAAUGAAAUGGACUAUGACCGCAUGAUGUGGGCAGAGCACCAUGCACGUGAGGGUGCAUCAGCGUCAUCAUCAGGUGUACCGUUGCAAGUUGCAUCCCACAGUGGACGUGUGGGCGAUGUGCCAGUGCAUACGCCAGAGUUGCAUGUUUAUUGCACUGCAAGGCGAGGCAAAGCUUACCAUGCGAAGCGCGGAUGCACAUGCUUGAACAACGCUGAUGAGAUCCUGCGACUUGGCUUAGCAGAGGCCAAGGAACGUGGCUACCAGCCAUGUGGGCGAUGCUUCGGAGGCAAUCGCAAACAGAAAUGA